UCCAAUCCACCAUCAAACAAAAAGAAACGCUGCCCGAUAAGCCACCCUGCAACGAUAACUACUCGCCCGACACCACUCGGCGGCAGGCACAGGCAGCCACUCUCACUCACAGGCCGGGUGGUUGACUACUACCCACUGAGCAGAGCAGCCUUCGGGGCGCGAUCCAGGAAGCCAGGAACGGCAAAGCAGCCCCCGCGGCGGCGGCUCGAUCGCGACGACAAGAAAUGGCCACCGCCCUCCGCCCUCCCCGGCUCCCAGCAGUCCCGGAGCAGGCUUCCUCGCUUCAUCGCCUACCAAAGCACAGAGUCGCUGUCACCGGGCGUAGGAGCUUCGCCGCCAGGGCCGGCUCGUAUCCAGGCAACGUGGGCGUCCCGAAGCAAUGGUACAACCUCAUCGCCGACCUGCCGGUGAAGCCGCCGCCGAUGCUGCACCCGGGGACGCACCAGCCGCUCAACCCCAGCGACUUGGCCCCUCUCUUCCCCGACGAGCUGAUCCGGCAGGAGCUCACGGAGGAGCGCUUCAUCGACAUACCCGACGAGGUCCGGGAUGUCUACGAGCUCUGGCGCCCCACGCCGCUGAUCAGGGCCAAGAGGCUGGAGAAGCUGCUCGGCACGCCGGCGAAGAUCUACUACAAGUACGAAGGCACUAGCCCGGCGGGGUCGCACAAGGGCAACACCGCCGUGCCGCAGGCGUGGUACAACGCCGCGGCGGGGGUCAAGAACGUGGUCACCGAGACCGGCGCCGGCCAGUGGGGCAGCGCGCUCUCCUUCGCCAGCACCCUCUUCGGCCUCAACUGCGAGGUGUGGCAGGUGCGCGCGUCCUACGACCAGAAGCCGUACCGGAGGCUGAUGAUGGAGACGUGGGGCGCCAAGGUGCACCCGUCGCCGUCCGACGUGACGGAGGCCGGCAGGAGGCUCCUGGCGGCGGACCCGAGCAGCCCGGGGAGCCUCGGGAUGGCCAUCUCCGAGGCGGUGGAGGUCGCGGCCACCAACGCCGACACCAAGUACUGCCUCGGCAGCGUGCUCAACCACGUCCUGCUGCACCAGACCGUCAUCGGCGAGGAGUGCCUGGAGCAGCUGGCGGCCAUCGGCGACACCCCGGACGUCGUCAUCGGCUGCACCGGCGGCGGCUCCAACUUCGGCGGGCUCGCCUUCCCCUUCAUGCGCGAGAAGCUGGCCGGCAGGAUGAACCCGCAGUUCAGGGCCGUGGAGCCCGCCGCGUGCCCCACGCUCACCAAGGGCGUCUACGCCUACGACUACGGCGACACGGCCGGGCUGACGCCGCUGAUGAAGAUGCACACCCUCGGCCACGACUUCGUCCCCGAUCCCAUCCAUGCAGGUGGGCUUCGCUACCAUGGAAUGGCGCCUCUUAUCUCCCAUGUGUAUGAGCUCGGGUUCAUGGAGGCCAUGUCCAUACAGCAAACUGAGUGCUUCGAAGCUGCAUUACAAUUUGCACGGACGGAGGGCAUCAUCCCGGCGCCGGAGCCGACGCACGCGAUCGCGGCGGCGAUCAGGGAAGCGCUGGAGUGCAAGAGGACCGGGGAGGAGAAGGUCAUCCUCAUCGCCAUGUGCGGCCACGGCCACUUCGACCUCGCCGCCUACGACCGGUACCUGAGAGGCGACAUGAUUGAUCUCUCACACUCCUCUGAGAAGCUCAAGGAGUCUCUGGGUGCCAUUCCCAAAGUUUGAUGUUAGAGGUUCAGAGAUUGAUAGAAGAACAGUGUGGGAAGUUGGGAUACAAUAAGAUGAACAAUGUGACGCUUUCUUGGUGCAUGGCACAAAUAAAUUUGAUCAAUAACAGAUGUUACCUUUUGGCUUCUGCUCCCUCAA